CGCAUACCAUCAACUUUUUAUGUUCCAAGUCCAUUAAGACGCCCGCUCUUCUCACAUAGUGCCCUCACGGCACUUGUAAAGCGAGUAAUUAUGUUUACUUGCAAAUCAUGUACGAGAAAGGCUUUCUCUGCAUUAAUCAAUCAUACGUUCCGCCUGCAAAAUACCCUUGCGACGGUACGACCGAUAUACACGCCCGCUUUAUCCCGUCGACAUAGAAAAUAUACAACAACCACUGCGCCGGCCAACGCUUCUCAGCAAGACACAUACCAGGAAGAUGCGAGGAGAAAACAUGCCAUCUCUCCACAGGAAUGGGCCGCCCAGAAACAGUUGCAGUAUCUAAAGGAUCCGCUGCACAUUCAAGAUUAUGUCAGGAAGACGUUGGCGAGAGGCAAUUUUGAUGAUGCUAUGCUGAUCACAAAAAAAGCCAGCAAGGACACAGCGGUGACGGUCAGUUGGAAUCACUUGAUCGAUUAUUUAAUGCAAAGAGGUAGACUUCAUGCCGGAAUCAAGUUGUACAAUGAGAUGAAGAAGGUUGGCCAACUUCCAAACGCUCAAACGUAUACGAUUAUAUUCAAUGGAUGCGCCAUCUCGGCUCAUCCAAAACUAGCCGUAUCGGAGGCCAUUAGAAUCUACAACAAUAUGUUAACUAAUAACCGCAUAACACCCAACACGAUCCAUUUGAACGCUGUUCUCAAAGUCUGUGCAAAUGCCGAAGAUAUCGAGUCGUUAUUCACUAUCGUUCAAACCGCCAACCAAGGUAUCAGAGCACCAAACAACCUGACAUAUACAAUCAUCUUAAAUGCCUUACGACGCAAGGUUCAAAGGCGCCAGUACGGUCCUGCCGAAGAGGUCGAUACUCCCGAGAUUACAAGAGCAAAGGAGCAAACAAUUCAACGAUCCAGAGCCAUAUGGGAAGAAGUCAUAUCGAAGUGGAGGGCUGGUUCUAUUAUUAUCGAUGAAGAAUUAGUCUGCGCCAUGGGAUGGAUUCUGUUAAUGGGUGACUAUCAUGAUGCCACAUCUAUAGAAGAUUUACUCGAGCAAACAAUGAUGAUCCCAAAGGAUGAUAUGGCCGCGAUCCGUGAGAAAUCCAAGGAAGAGGCCGGUCGUAGCGGAAAUGAUAUAGACGCGAAGCCAGCUACCUCGGUUGACGGCCGCAAAAUCAAGGCCCCCGGCGCCCCUGAAGUUAGCCACGCACUUCCAGGAAACAACUCUCUUUCUUUAAUUCUUGCCUCCCUCGCGAAGACCAGGAAGACGGCAAGAGCGCGGCGAUAUUGGGAUCACUUCACUGAAAAGCAUCAUGUUGUACCCGAUGCCAAUAACUACCAUCACAUGCUCCUGGCCCUACGUGAAGGGAAGAACAGUGGCCAAACCGUUAUGUAUCUGUGGGAUAUGCCUGCUGAAAUUAUCCUUGCUAAGAACUUCCGUACAGCUAUGAACACUUGCCUACGAGACAGGCGGAACCCCGGUGCCUUUGACAACGCCACCGAGGUUUUACAAAUUAUGCUAGCCAAGCUUAAGAUUCCAGAUCCGAUAACUUUGCGCAACUAUCUUCGUGUAGCUUAUGCCCGCAAGGCGUAUUUUCUCGGUCGGUUCAAACAUAAUGUGGAUGCCGCAGCGAUGGCGUGGAACAAGCAGAUUGCUACAGCUCUCAAGAAUCUCUGGAAACCGUAUCUGAUCAUUGCAAGGCAGUAUGAGGAGAAUGGGCCGGAAUCAAAUGAGAAACGAGAGCUUGUGGCCCUGGCACGAAAGAUGAUCGGCGCUAGCGAUAGUGUCGUAUCGAGCAAUGUGCUACUCCCACGCGAACAGAAAGAAAUUGAAGCGAGACGAAAUAGUCUAAAUAGGCUCGUUGUCCGCCAUUUCGAGCAGAUGCAAGAAAUGUAUCCUGGAUUCCGACAGGACGAGAAUACUAAGGAAGAGGACGGCGAGGGCGAAGACGGUGAAGAUCAUACACAUACGCCCUGGAAAUAUCCUCAGAGUAAACCACUAAUUCAACGCAUAUGGACAUCAGAUUAGGAAACCGGCCGCUACUAGGAGCUGGCAGUUAUCUGUACCUUUCCCUCGAUUCUAUGUAUAAUAAAUAUUACAAUCGUACAUUUACGGACCAUGAGGCUAAAAUACCCCUUUCUAUAGAACAUGGAACAUAUUUACUUAAAGUAUAUAUCAGGUACUACCUAUCUUGCAAAUGCUAUCGUAUAAACAAA